UGUAAUGUGAUUUGUCUCCAGCUUGCAUAAAAUGUCCUUUUUUUUUUUUUAAACCCCCACUCUCUCUCGCCACUUUUUUUCAGUGCUCUGGUUUUUGCAGCGUUUGCAAGCAGACCCACGUCACGCUGUCAAAUCACUCCCACUUUUUUUCCCCCCUUUCCUCUGUGGACCAACAUCACCGAGUAACACAGUUAGGGGCUUUUUCUUUGUCCCCCCCAAAAAGUUUGGGAUCCAACUCGUGAUGACCGGAUUUCGCUUCAAUUUAUCACCACUGAAGGAGCCGUUGUGCUUCAUCAAACUAGUGGAGUGGCUCACGGCCAUAUUUGCUUUUGGAAGCUGUGUCAAUUUCUCUGCUGAGAACACCGUUUCCAUUUUCUGCGGUGAUGGCAAGAACGAGACGCUCCCCGCUAAGUUCCUCUAUCCCUUCAGAUUAAGCCAAGUGCCGUUGAUCAACGAUAACGGUACACUAUGUGACCGCGUAGUCAACGCCACGCACCUGGUGGGAGACUCGUCGUCUUCGGUCCAUUUCUUCGUCGGCGUGGGAGUCUUUUGCUUCUUGUACUGCAUGUUUGCCAGUUUAGUUUAUUUUGGCUACAUGCACAUUUACAAGAACUCCGAUUUGGGACCCAUUUUGGACAUGGUGAUUACGGUAGUCAUCGUUUUCCUGUGGCUGGUGUCUUCAUCCGCCUGGGCUAAGGGUUUGCAGAACGUAAAGGAUGCCACGGACACUGAUGGUAUCGGCGCCACCAUAGCAUUGUGCAAGGAGCAAAAUAUCACCUGCCAAGUCACCGAGUUCGCAAACGUGCGAGGGCUCAACGUGUCUGUGGUGUUUGGCUACCUCAACACAAUCGUGUGGGCCUUGAACACCUGGUACGUGUACAAGGAGACUCGCUGGUACUCGCAGAAAAAUUCGACCCAGACAGGACCGACGAGGCACCCGACAGCCAUCUAAAACGCACGCAAACAUCGUAAACAAUUGGCAAAUUUGGUAAUUCCUUGUCCAAUUCUUACUUUCUCAUCACAAAAGUUUUUUCAUGUUUAUUAAGCAGUGGCGCCACCAGGGGGUGGCCAGGUGCAAGUAUAUCGUUAGAUUGUUGGCGCAUCAGUUAUGCAUUUCAUCCCAAAUGAAUGCAUUUAUUUUGUUUUGUUAAAUGUAGGGCUGUCAAAUUUAUCGCGUUAACGGGCAGUAAUUAAUUUUUUAAAAUUAAUCACGUGAAAAUAUUUAUCGCAAUUAACGCAUUCGCGGUACGACUGAUUCACGUAUUGCCGCAAACAGCCUGCAAUGGUGCCGUUUUACCUAUAUACAGAGAUAAGAAGCAGUGUCAAGUGAGUGGAGUAGAUAAAAGCAUUCAUUGGAGGCGUGCUUUUAAUUGGCAAAAGCUUCGUCAUCUCUCCCACAGCAACUAUAAAUAUUGUGGGAAGCGACAUGGGGAAGAAUGACAGGAGUUGAUCUUUUUCUUAAUACCCUGUAGCGUACCCAACGCAGAGAAUAUAUAGCAUUUGCAGCCACCACACACAGUCAUGGUUUCACCACUUCCCAUCAUGCAUUCGGGCAGAACAGUUAAGUCGCUACAGUAUCAUUUACUGAAAGCUCAACAAAUACACUAGAUGGCAAUAUUUAGUCACAAUAUACAAAGUCACAUUUAUCCUUUAAGAAUUACAAGUCUUUCUAUCUGUGGAUCUUUUUCACAGAAAGAAUGUUAAUAAUGUUAAUGCCAUCUUGUGGAUUUAUUGUUAUAAUAAACAAAUACAGUACUUAUGUACAGUAUUUUGAAUGUAUAUAUCCGUCUUGUCUUAUCUUUCCAUUUCAACAAUAAUUUACAGAAAAAUAUGGCAUAUUUUAGAGAUGGUUUGAAUUGCGAUUAAUUACAAUUAAUUAAUUUUUAAGCUGUGAUUAACUCGAUUAAAAAUUUUAAUCGUUUGACAGCCCUAGUUAAAUGUACACCUUAUGCCUAAUAUAUACAUAACACAAUAAAACAGAAUUGUUGUGGAACUCAAAAUGUUGACUGGACAGUUACGGACUAUGCACAUUAAAUCAUUAGUAACAUCAAAUAUUACACAAUACACCAAAGUAUAUCAGUAGCCGUGUCCUUAAGUAUUUCUGAUAGUUUUCCCCUGACCUUUUUACUACAAUAAUAUCAUGAAAACCUUAAAUUAUGGCUUUUAGUUUUGGCCACCCCAAGAUUUUAAGUGGCCCCAUCUGGCCACCCCUAUGAAAAAUUUCUGGAGGCGCCACUGUUAUUAAGUAGCUUCACCAAAGGAGUUCAGGGUACUUGGCUUAUCCUAUUAGAAGGAGGUUACUUAAAUUCUUGUUUACUUUGUAUAUUUUUUGUUACUGAGGAAGUUGAUUCUGAGCACAGAUUGUUGUUUUCCCUUCCUUUUCCACAAAGAACAUUGAUAUGAGGCUCCCAUGACGAAUCAGAAUUUCAUGAAUUUUUUUCCCUACCCUGCGCUGGGCCAUAUCAGUGUCAUUCCAAUGGGAACUGAUGUGAGCUGUGCCGUAAGUAAUACAGUGGGACAUAUAAGUAUUUAGUCAACCACCAAUUUUGCAAGUUCUCCUACUUGAAAAGAUUAGAGAGGCCUGUAAUUGUCAACAUGGGUAAACCUCAACCAUGAGAGACAGAAUGUGGUGGUGGUGGUUGCAAAUCAUGGUGGAAAAUAAAUAUUUGGUCACCUACAAACAAGUAAGACUUCUGGCUGUCAACGAGGUCUAACUUCUUCUAACGAGGUCUAUCGAGGCUCCACUUGUUACCUGUAUUAAUGGCACCUGUUUUAAUUCAUUACCGGUAUAAAAUACACCUGUCCACAACCUCUGUCAGUCACACUCCAAACUCCACUAUGGCCAAGACCAAAGAGCUGUCGAAGGACACCAGAGACAAAAUUGUAGACCUGCACCAGGCUGGGAAGUACACGUCCAGGUGCAUCUGCGGUUCGCUAGAGAGCAUUUGGAUGAUCCAGAAGAGGACUGGGAGAAUGUGUUACGGUCAGAUGAAACCAAAAUAGAACUUUUUGGUAGAAACACAGGUUCUCGUGUUUGGAGGAGAAAGAAUACUGAAUUGCAUCCGAAGACCACCAUACCCACUGUGAAUAAUGGGGGUGGAAACAUCAUGCUUCGGGGCUGUUUUUCUGCAAAGGGACCAGGACGACUGAUCUGUGUAAAGCAAAGAAUGAAUCUAUGUAUGUAAGCUAUGUAUCGAGAGAUUUUGAGUGAAAAUCUCCUUCCAUCAGCAAGGGCAUUGAAGAUGAGACGUGGCUGGGUCUUUCAGCAUGACAAUGAUCCCAAACACACAGCCAAGGCAACAAAGGAGUGGCUUCGUAAGAAGCAUUUCAAGGUCCUGGAGUGGUCUAGCCAGUCUCCAGAUCUCAACCCCAUUGAAAAUCUGUGGAGGGAGUUGAAAGUCCGUGUUGCCCAACGACAGCCCCAAAACAUCACUGCUGUAGAGGAGAUCUGCAUGGAGGAAUGGGACAAAAUACCAGCAACAGUGUGUGAAAAGCUUGUGAAGAGUUACAGAAAACGUUUGGCUUCCGUUAUUGCCAACAAAGGAUACAUAACAAAGUAUUGAGAUGAACUUUUGGUAUUGACCAAAUACCUAUUUUCCACCAUGAUUUGCAAAUAAAUUCUUUAAAAAUAUCAAACAAUGUGAUUUUCUGUUUUUUUCCCACAUUCUGUAUCUCAUGGUUGAGGUUUACCCAUGUUGACAAUUACAGGCCUCUCUAAUAUUUUCAAGUGGGAGAACUUGCACAAUUAGUGGUUGACUAAAUACUUAUUUGCCCCGAUGUACAUAUUUCAUACCAGUUGUCAAGGAAAUAUCUCUUAUGGAUGAGGGGAGAGAAUGUCGAAUAGCAAUGUUGGGCGCAACGUCAGACUCUGGACACUCAUUGGGGGAUAAUUAGCAUUGCCGAUAUCAACUUGAAGCUCUUUUUUUACCCCUCAUUUCCUCUCAAUUUGCAGUGUUUAUGCUUAUUGGUUUGCAAUGUCUUUUCAAAGUAUUGCCUAUGUAUAUAUAAUUGCUAUAUUUAGCAAUUUGCUAAGAAUGUAAAGACUGGAUGUAGAGGGGUAUACUGGUGAUGCCCCCACACAUGCUAUGACUGAAUGCAUUUCUUUUGCCAUUUACAGUGCUGGCCAAAAGUAUUAGCACCCCUGCAUUUCUGUCAGAUAAUGCUCAAUUUCUCCCAGAUAAUGAUUGCAAUUACAAAUACUUUGGUAGUAAUAUCGUCAUUUAUUUUUGCUUGCAAUGAAAAAACACGAAAGAGAAUGAUUCACACAAAACUCCAAAAAUGGACCUGACUAAAGUAUUGGCAGCCUCAGCCUAAUACUUGGCAGCACAACCUUUAGACAAAAUAAAUGCAAACAACCACUUCCGGUAUCCAUCAAGAGAUUCUUACAAUGUUCUGCUGGAAUUUUAGACCAUUCCUCUUUGGCAAACUGCUCCAGAUCUCUGAGAUUUGAAGGGUGCCCUCUCCAAACUGCCAUUUUCAGAUCUCUCCAUAGGUGUUCUAUGGGAUUCAGGUCUGGAUUCAUUGCUGGCCACUUUAGAAGUCUCCAGUGCUUUCUCUCAAACUGUUCUCCAGUGCUUUUUGAAGUGUGUUUGGGGUCAUUGUCCUGCUGGAAGACCCAUGACCUCUGAGGGAGACCCAGCUUUCUCACACUGGGCCCUACAUUUUGCUCCAAACUUUAUUGGUAGUCCUCAGACUUCAUAAUGCCACGCACACGGUCAAGCAGUCCAGUGCCAGAGGAAGCAAAGCAACCCCAAAACAUCAGGGAACCUCCGCCAUGUUUGACUAUGGGGACCGUGUUCUUUUCUUUGAAGGCCUCGUUUUUUCCCCUGUAAACUCUAUGUUGAUGCCUUUUCCCAAAAAGCUUUACUUUUGUAUCAUCUGACCAGAGAACAUUCUUCCAAAACGUUUUUGGCUUUCUCAGGUAAGUUUUGCCAAACUCCAGCCUGGCUUUUUUAUGUCUCUGAGUCAAAAGUGGGGUCGUCCUGGCUAUCCUACCAUAGAGUCACUUUUCAUUGAGACGCCGACAGAUUGACACAGUUGUACCCUCGGACUGCGGGACAGCUUGAACUUGUUUGGAUGUUAGCCGAGGUUCUUCAUCCACAUUCCGCGCAAUCUUUCGUUGAAAUCUCAAUUUUUAUUUUCAGUCCACAUCUAGGGAGGUUAGCCACAGAGCCACGGACUUUACGCUUAUUUAGGACAGUGCGCAUGGUAGACAGAGGAACAUUCAGGUCUUUGGAGAUGGACUUGUAGCCUUGAGAUUGCUCAUGCUUCCUCACAAUUUUGCUUCCUAAGUCCUUUAAACAGUUCUUUGGUCGUCUUUCUUUUCUCCAUGCUCAAUGUGGUACACACAAGGACACAGGACAGAGGUUGAGUCAAUUUUAAUCCAUUUUAACUGGCUGCAAGUGUUAUUUAGUUAUUGCCACAAGUCAAGGGCGUAAGUUCGCAUAGGGACAUAACACGACCAACUUUUCAGGAUGCUCAAAUUGUCCCCACCAACUUUUAAGCAACCUUAUUUGCAUUAUAAAAUGAAUUCAGUUAUACAGGUAAUUCAGAUUGUCUUCCCAUAUGUUGUAAGGAUAGAAAUGACCCGACCAUUAUUGAGUGAAUUACUUUCAUUAUGUCCAGACUUACUUUUAUCCCUUAUCACUUGCUGAAUGUGCAAGUCCAUUUUUCCCCUCAAACGCACAUUUUGAUUGGCUGAUGACUAGAUCCCCCUCAUUCACACAAUCCCGACAGAAAUGCAUGUCAACAUGCCGCCUUCUCUGCCCCCUUUAAAGAGGAAGGAUAUUAGAAGUUUUUUUUCGGCCAGCAGCAGCCACUGUAAGUAAUGUAAAAAGACACCAAUGUUGUGGAGGUGGGGAACACGCCACAAAUUUUGUUACUGAAAGUCUGACCUGCAUCAAAGUUAGCAUAACAUUAAACUGUGUGAACUUGCUAACCUGUAAAACUCGAGUAGAAAGCUGCUUAGAGAGGUGUCUUGCUGUAUGUUUACUGUUAACGUUAAUUCAACUGUGCAUUUAUUCAUAAAUCAAAAUGUAUUUUCUGCAUCAUUUAAAAGAUAUAUAUUUCUAUUUGUAGCUUAUGCUAAUUUUUCUACCCCCCCCCCCAAAAAAAAAACAAAAACACAAAAACACAACCACUGUAAAUUUCUUUUAUAUGAAGUAAGCAUUUUGAAAAAUGACUUUCCCCCAUGAAAAUAAUUUUAACUUUUUUUCAUUUUUACGUAGGAACCAGCUAUUUUUGAGAAAUGUACCCAAUCUCUUUGGUCGUAUUAAUGUCCCGUCCCCUGCAAAUAUUAUACAUGCAGUUAUACUGUUAUAGCGUCCCUACCAAUGAUGAGACCAAACCUACACCCUUGCCACAAGUAACAAGUGGUGUUAAUUACACAAAUUAGAGAAGCAUCACAUGAUUUUCAAAGCCCAUUUUUGGAGUUUUGUGUAAAAAAAAAAUAUUUUUUUUUUCAUUCUCUUUUGUUUUUUACAUUGCAAGCAAAAUAAAUGAAGAUAUUAGUAUUAAAGCAUUUGUAAUUGCAAUCGUUUUCUGGGAGAAAUCGAGCAUUAUCCGACAGAAUUGCAGGGGUGCCAGCACUGUAAGUUACCCAUUGACUGCUUUUCUAAAUAUUCAGAAUGUAAUACUUUUUUGUUUGUUUCUGGCUCAAAAUAUUAAAAUAUAUGCAUAUUUAAAA